AUGCCUGCCAUUAACGCCAAGAGGAAGAAGGUUGCCCUCACACCCGAGGCCAAGAAGCAGAUUGAGCAGGACGCGUUCAACUCGGUGCUGGAGAAAGACAUCACAUGCAACGCAGCUCCCAUGUGCUAUCCUGUCAUGAAGAAAGACGAGAAGGCGUCCAAGGCCGUCAACGGGAAAGGCAAGUCGAAGACCCCGAGCAAGGAGGAGGGGAGCGAGAGCAACUCCAACGCUGCUCCGACGUUCUGGUCGAGGUUCACUCGCAAGGAGUACGAUAACGACAGCAGCCUUGAGACAGGACGCGGGAACAAAUUUGUUCCUCGAUCGAUCCGAGAUGCUCGCGAAGAUGCUGUCUGCAAGAUUGAGUGCGAGGGGAGGAACGGCAGUGGUUUCUUCGUUCAUUACCAAGGGCACCUGGCGGUUCUUACGAACAACCAUGUGCUACCUACCCGCAAGGUAGCCAGCAUUGCAGUAGCAAUCUUCCAGGCAAGGAUGCAUGCUGGGAGCAUUGAGAUCUCUCUGUACCCCCAGCGACUGUGGCACACAUCCCCGAAGGAAGAGCUUGACUACACCUUUGUUGCCUGCGAGUCGCCGACGGGUGUCGAGCCCAUCGAUCUUGAUGCAUGGAGCAAGACCAGUGCGCAGAAGGGAGAUACGAUUGUGAUCGUCCAGCAUCCGGAAGGAGGAGAAAAAGCCGUGGCGAGUGGCCCGAUCUGCGCCCUCCAGCCUCCUUACCUCACCUACGAGGUCAGAGAGAGUGUGGAUACGGCUUCGGGAUCCUCCGGCUCUCCUAUCUUCAAGGACUACGAGCCUAUCGCGCUGCAUCAUCGAGCUCCUCGGCCGGACAAGCAGGAAGGACUAUUCCUGUCCAUGUCUUGCAACGCUGCGAGGAUAAAGCAUACCAACAAGGGUGUUCUACUGUCUUCGAUCUUGGAGAGUUUGGAGUCAAAGUUGACGCCCAAGGACGCGAAAGUGAAGGCAAAAGCCAAGGAGAUGUCAGAAGCAGAGAAGAGCAAAGCAAGCAUACUCGAGAAGCUGCGAGUAGGAGCGGCCGUUUGUGCGGCGAACAGAAAGCAAGAGGGAAAGAAGAAGGAGAAGAAGGAGGAGAAAGCGGGAAAGAAAGGCAAAAAGAAGGAAGAGGAGGAGGAGGAGGAGGAGGAGGAGGACGACGACGACGACGAAGAAACUGGACGGGAAAAGAGAAUGGGAAAAAAUCAGGAUAAGGAGGCCAAGGCAUCCAAGAAGGAAAGUGGCAAGACGAAGCGAAAGAAACAACAAGAGCAGAAGAGCAGCUGGAGGAGUGCGAUUCCUCAGAUGAAACUCCCGGACACGUCAGGGUGGACGGAAAGAUUCGGGCAGCUCGGCGGCAGCAAGGAAAAGGGAGAGGAGGACAAGAAGUCUUGGAGGGAAUCCUGCCUCGUCCCCCAGGUCGACAGCAAGCAGCCGAAGCCCUCGCGUUCUUGCGGGUUUGGCAUGCCGACCUUGUACGGGAACAAGGCAGGGCAGGAGGAGACGAAGACGAAGCAGGCGAGCAAGAAGAAGAAGAAGAUCAACGACGGAGACGACUCGGAGCUGAUUCGUGCCGGAGUAGCGGGGCACGGGAUCGUGGUGGAGGGCUCGAAGGAGGAGGAGGAGGAGGAGAAGGAGGGAGGAGGGGAGGGGAGGGGGAAGGAGCAAGGAAAGGCGCAGAUGUCGGAGUCGCUGAGGAUGCAGAAGUGUGGAGUUGGUCUUGUGCUGGAGACUUGGAGGCCUCGGGGCCUCGCGCAGGCGCUCAAUAUGAUAGCGCGGACGUACGAGGCUGUCAGGGUUGAUCAGGUGGUUCCCGACAGCCCAGCAGAUCACGCUCUCCCUCACAUCGACAAGGGAGACAUCCUCAAGCAGAUUGACGGCGUCACUGUGAUCUCCCUCGAGCACGCAAAGCAGCAGAUCCUUGGCAAGCCAGGCACCGUCGUCUCACUCACCUUCGUCAGGAACCAGUAUCCCUUCGAGGUCUCCAUCCGUAGAGGUCUGCGAGGAGGCGAGUCGUGGGCGACGGAGGAGGAGGAGGAGAAGCCCAGGAAGGAGGCGAUGGAGGGAAGCGGGUCGGAGGAGAGGAAGAAGAUCGUGCGAGGAAUUCCCUUGCUCUACUCGCGAGAGCCCAAGAAGCAGGAGAAAAAGUUGCCUGAGUCAAACGGUGAGAAGGGGAGAGAGGAGGGCGAGGAGGAGCAGGAAGGAGGAAGGCAGGAGGAGGAAAGAGCGAUGAAAGAAAGACCCGACGACGAGAAGGAGCCGGGAAGAGAGGGAGGAGGAGGAGGACGCAUGAACCCGUUGGAGGCUCGGCUGAAGGCUCUAGGGUACGCUAGCUUCUCGGGCACGGAUGAUGGGGAGGAGCAGGAGGAGGAAAGAAAAGAGAGCAAGAAACAUCCUCUUGCAAAGUUCACCGAGGCGACGGCUCCUCGUCUCAGAGGAUGCAUUGCCUCGCGCGAGAGGAAGCGGAAGGAGCUGGGCGAGGAGCUUCUGGACAAGGCGAGCAUCGGGGACGUGCAGGGCAUCAAGCUUCUCCUGGGCUACGGGGCUGACGUGAACUUCGUGGACGAGGAGGAGGGUUGGGGGAGGGUAACUCCUCUCCUCAACGCCGCCACCUCCGGCAGCUGCCCAGCUGUCAUGACGCUCCUGGUCAUGGGGGCGAACGUGAACGCGCAGGACGAGCAGGGGUGGACGGGUAUGCACAGGGCGGCUGGGAAGGGACACCGGGGGGUGGUGGAGCUGCUGGUGGAGGCGGGAGGAGAGCUGGAAAUGAAGGAUGCGUACGGGAUGGUGGCAAGAGACUGGGCAAAGUUCUUUGGGCAUGAGGAGAUUGCUGAGCUUCUCAGCCCCAAGGCAAAGACGGAGGAGGACAUCAUGCAGGAGAUGCUGAGGCUGCAGAAGGAGUUGGAGGCUGCGAGAGCCAAGAAGUCGCCGUCACAGGAGCAAGAAACAGCAGCAGCAGCAGCAGCAGCAGGAGAAGUAGCAGGAGAUGUAGCAGCAGCAGCUCCUGCCGAAGUCGAGAUGGGAGUGCAAGAUGAGCAGAGGGAGGAGGUUAAGCAGGACCAAGAAGGGAAGCAGGUGGACGAGGGGGAGGAGGAUGCGAAGGAGGAUGGGGAGGGAGUGGCAGAGCAGAAGUCAAGGGAGGAUGAAGCAGCGGAGGCACCAGCGAGGGGGGAGGAGGAGCAAGGAGAAAGCCUUGAGAAGGAGGAGCAGGAGGAGCUCGCGGAGCAGGCAAACUAG